AUGGAGCUCGAAGAACACCUCAACGAAGAAAGACCUCUAUUAAAAGGGUACAGAGUGCUAGAAUUAAUUGCAAAUAUACCAUUUUUAAAGGAUGCAUCUGAGCUGUACUUACCAGCCCCAAGCGCUGAGUCACUGACGGCCAUAGCUCAAGCGAUGGGUGCUGCGGGAUUCGAAGACUACACAGAGGGCAAGGCACUUGUGAAGCGACUUAUUCCUGCAGACAGCCAGCCUGACUUGGACAUCGUUGAGCAUUUAGGAGUCAUUGGCAAGGCGGGUGUGGACUUUCCAGCGCUUCCUAACAUCCCCAACACUGGGUUCAACUGCAAGAACGUGCCUACUGGAUAUUACGCUGAUUUGGAGACUGAUUGUCAAGUGUUCCACAUAUGCGAUACGUCCCGGAAGAUAUCAUUCCUAUGUCCAAACGGCACCAUCUUUAGCCAGUCGCAUCUCAUCUGUGACUGGUGGUUCAAGGUGGACUGCGCAUCUGCCCCCGCCCUGUACGAGUCCAGUGUGGAAUACUACGCAAACGAACAGAAGAAGUCGCAAAGAGUCAGUCACAAACUAAGCAAAAACUCUGACCUACAACAAAUCGGUGCUGAUUCCCAUGCCCGAUCAGAAUCCAGGCGAGCUUCCGUAAAUAUUCCCACCACUACUGAAAGGCUAUUGAGACAUCGACAAAAACUUCAGAGUGAUAUAUUACCCAACGCACCUAACGCUCAAGCCACGGCAAGAAGCUAUCAGACACUUUUCGAAACCAGCCCGACUCAGAGAGCGCAAGCCGCUUCUGCUUUUGAGAAGAGAAGAAAAAGUCUUGUACAAUUAAUUUCAAACAACUUUGACGGUGUUCCAUUGAAGACAACGCUACCAGGCUACGAUAGUUCCACUCAGAGAAGUACGAUACCAGCUUAUGAUCAUAAUAGCCUCAAAGAAAUGCAAGUAGCGGCGGAAACAGCUUCAUUUGCUCAAAAUCAAAACAGACAAUUUCUUCAAGACUAUAACGCUAAAAACUUCAGACCGUAUCCAGUUUACACACCAAACGUUUCUCAAAAGACCGUAAAAUCUAAGAGCAAUCCCACUUUGACUACUCUGUAUGAUAUUCAAUCAAAAGAAAUGUCCCGGUACCUUCAAGAAGCGACGACUAAACGCCAAACAUUAGUUCCCUAUACUAAAAGUUACGCCAGCACUUUUAACGAAAGGCGUGAACCUUACACGAGGCCAGGAGUAUCGUUAUUAAGAGAUUUUCUGGAAAAGGAAAAAAAUAAAUCAAUAUCGGCAACAACGGAAAAAAUCGUCGCAGCAACGGCUCGCAGUGAUAAAUUCGAUAAUGCAGUAAAUUCUGAAAGAAAAGUUACUAUUGAAACCAAAGACAGUUUUGAAUCUGCAACUAAAAUUCCUCAAACAACAAGAGAUGAUAAAACUGAAACUGCGUCUUUCGACACCGAAGUAUAUUCAAGCUUGAAAUCAACAGCUCAAGAUACGACUGAAACUUCUUACAAAGAGCGGCGAGAUAGACUAAUGAGAAAACUUAACUUUGACGUGACUGAAACAACUGAACCUACUGUAGCUACUACACCUACUGACAAGUAUUUUGGUGAUCAACCCAAUAGACCUGGACUUAUUGUUCCUCCUUCAUUAACUCCUAAAACUCUACACUCUCUAGCAAUUUACUACGCUACAGCACUAGACAAUUUAUCUACAACUCCUACUCCUGAAGAGGAUGAAAACACAACAACUGCUUUUGAUGAAGACGAACCAAUUGAUCAAAGUUUACCGGCACUGUUCAGCCGUCAAACGAUCAGCAAAUAUGGUAACCUUUUUGGAAACGGUUCUAAUAAUAGUAAACUUUUAGAAGAAAUCAAGCUUGAUCCAAAUGGUACUUAUAAUGAACUCGCAGAAGAUUUAGCAGCCCAAAUGAGUCAAGGUCCUCUGGCUACCUCACCACAAAUUAGGGAAUUAGCUCAAGUAUUCACACACGCACUUUCAGCCUAUCUUCAAGACCCUGUUCAAUUCAGAAAAGUUCUUUCAGAUAUCAGACCAACUUAUCCUUCGUUCGCUGACAUGUUAACAACCAACGAAGAUUUUUCAAACACUGAACCAACAACAACGGUCAAUGAAGAGGAAGAUGAGAUAUUAGGAUUCUCAGACGAUCAUAGAGGGCACGAUUCUGAAAAUUCUAUAAGAGGAAGCAAAGCUCUGAAUCUUGAAUCUAAUUACCCUACUACAGUAGAAGACACCACAACUACAACCAAACCUAAAAUAGACCCUAUUUCUACCUAUUCACCUAAAACUUAUACAACAACAACUUAUAGGAAUCCAUUUAGAUGUUGCGGAAGAAUAUCAGCGUCCUAUACCACAGCUCCAACACCUAGGGAUGUUUAUUCUACAUUAUACCCAUUUACAAAUACGGCGGCUGUCAAAGCAAAUUCUUUAAUAAUCAAUAACAAUGAUGUAACUCCCUCUUCAGACAGUGUAACCUCCUUUAAACAUGGAAGUGGACGAAACAACAAUAACAUUUACUCAUUUGGAAAAACCGUUACCACUGAUGUAACACCUUUUAAUGAUUAUUCAGAAGUGACUACAGUCCCAACAGCAUGGGGUGUAGAUAUUGUCGAAUCCACAUUAUCUCCUAUAACUAAUUCACAUCAAAUGUUUGAAAGCAAAAAACUAAGAGCAACAACUUAUGCACCUGAAACUACACCAGUACACUUUACUGAUACUGAUAGCGUUGAGUUGGAAAACGAAGAAGAACUACAAAGAGCUCAUAGUCAGUCGUUCGUGUCGCCAAAAAAUAAUAACUUACGACAAGGAAAACAACUCAAACAAGAAAACAAAUCGGUUAAAAAGCCAUCUGAAGACUUAGAGGUGCCUACGCAGUAUACUAUUGACACUACGACGACAACGGUGCAGAUUAAUACGCAACCAACAACUACUGUUAAGGAUCAGACUGAAGGAUUGAGUACGGUGACUCCACUGACCAGUAGCAUUUUCACCUCUCCAGACAGUGACAAAUAUACAUAUGAUUUUCAAUGGCAGACUACUUUUGGAAAUUGGCAAAGCACAAUUCUCGAUCCCAUCACACUCAACGAUGGACUCAGCCAUACAGAUCGUGAACAAAAUCUUUCUGAAAAAACUCAACAACCAAGCGAGUGGUCAAAUACGGCUACGACUCCAACAAUAUUCGCAACAACGAGCGAACCUGCUGCUUCAUCAACAAUAAAUGUUGAAGUUACAACAUCGACUGACAACAACAACCAAAAUGUAAGAUAUGGUAAAUUACUUAGAGACACAACAUCCACUGAACCGGCGUUAGAUUUGUCAACUGUAACAGACACGAUUGUAGAAAAAGCGAAAGAAAUAAUGGGAGGUAUGAACGCUACCACCACGCAAAAGCUAAUGAACGUUAUGAAGAAAACUAAAUCUAAAACCGUAAAACGUUUAAUAUUAUUAUUAGUGCAAACAUGUGACGACGACCACAACUCGACCGCUGAAGCAUCAAAAAGGGCCUUACUAGAAGCACUCAUGGCUGUGUCGCAAAAGGAUAUGGAAGAGAUCGCUAAAGAAGAGGAUUUAACUGAAGCUCCAUCUACUGUCUCUGAUAUAGAUGACGUAAAAACGACAGAAUUCCACCGUCGAAUGGACAGAAUGCCAGUUCAAAGACGCGGCAAAAAAUUAAAUAUAGACGCUGAAGCCAUAAAUGCUUUAUCGAGUCCAACAACAACAGAAAGUCUGAAAACUGAAGAGACGACAGAAUUCACAACAAUCAGUACUAUCAGAACGACACAACCAGGCCGUAGAGGUGCCAGGAAGUUUGCAACGAGAACAACAGAAGCGGAACAAUUAAAAACGACAGUGACUGAUAGACCCAUCGCAGAAGCAAGAGUCGCACCCCAGGGAGAUUUAAAAGUUCAAUCUGAUACAAGAGCAUUAGAACUAUUAAGAUCGUUAUACACUAUCGCUGCGCGGUGGGGAUGAAAAGAAUGACAACAAAUUAUUUAUUUCGA